AUCUAACUCAGUUGCAUGGACAUUUGAAAGGAGCAUUUGAUCAUCUUAAAGGCACUCUGGACCUUUAUAAAUAUGUUAUUGGUAAUAGAGAAAUAAAUAUUGGUUUAUCAAAAGAGGAAUUUAUCGCUUUCAUUGAAAUGUACAAGUGUUUGGACAACAAUCCAAUCAAAGUUAUUGACUUAAGGAAAGCUAACGCAAUUUCAUAUACAGGUGUCAAAAGGUUAUACUUUGAAACAAUGAAAGAUUUACCAACAGCAUCAGAACUUGGAAAGCCUGCAGAGUUUUGUAACUCUAUACCUAUUACUCUAUAUUGCUCGAUUUUUGGCCAAUUUAAGGAUUUCUGUAAGGAAGAUCCAGAAAAAGUGGACAAUUAUUUCACCUAUGAAUUUUGUUGUGCAAUGGCAAAAUUUUAUGAUGACAAGGAUGCUCAUCAAAAACCUUAUUUUUCUGUUUCUGGUGCUGUGCUUUCAGAUAAAGCUAUAAUUGAUCCACUUACCCCAUUAUAUCCUCUUGCUUGGCAUAAACAUAAUAAAAUGAAAUUAUCAAUUUUUAAAAUAUUUCGUGCUCUAAAGAAAUCUCUUCAACUUCUCGAUCAAUACUAUGCAAAAGUUGAUGAUAAACUACAUCCUUCAUUUCCUGAAGUGAUUAUAGACGACAAAUGUUAUAAAGUUCAAAUUGAAGAAAAUAUUAUCAAUUGUCUUUGGAAUGUUAUACUUUCGAACGAGCAAAAAAUAUGCGAGAAAGCCUAUGUAAAAGCUAUUCAAAAACAUAAAUAUUCACUUGAUACACAUCAGCUCUUAGCAAAAAUUAGAUAUGCUCUAAAAAUCUUAGCUACUUCAUUUAUUCCUGGAAAUUGGCUUUUGAUUUAUAUAGAAUAUUUGGAAAAUCAUUUAAUGCUAAAGUUCGAACUAGUAGAUAUAUUUAUUCCAAAAGAACAAUCUUCGGCUAAUAUCAGUGGUACGGCCAAUGCCUCUCGUAGAAUGAAUUUUGAUGAUACAUCUAAACAGAUCAAAUUUAAUUCCUAUAAUAUAUCUGAUAACACUUCAAAUCCUGAUAUAUGUCAUGAGUUUUUAUUCCAAUAUCUUGCGCUAUCUAUUCGCAAAGAGAGUAAAUUAUUGGAAGAUAAGGCGGUCGAUGAAUUCUUAGGUUUGAUAUAUAAAGAAAAGGUUAGUAAAGAGAUAAUUCAGAGAAUUAGGGAGAAGAAACUUCAGAAACAAGAAUUUUCCUCUAUAUCGGUUGAAGAAUUAUGUAGUGAAAAACCUGAAGAAACAAAAGUUUCGCAUGAUUAUAUAGUCGCCCACCCAAGUUGUAACCAAGCACAAAGUAUCAUUUCUUCUGAAAUAAAUAUUAUGACCAAGCAUCAACCCUGUGACCCCGGGUCUCACCCUUAUAUGACUGAAACUAAAAACGAUUCAAUUCAGAAGGAUAGCCAAAUUGAGAUGCAAAAAUUUAUACAAGAAUUAUAUUUGGAACCCGUAUCAGAAGAAUCAAUUGAAGUUAUUAAAAAUAAAGAGCCAGAUAUAUCAGAUCACAAUGAAAAUGACAAACAUAUU